UAGGGGCGCUGAAAAACGAAAGAUAAGGGUGCGUGAGGGGAACUACUUACCCUUUCCGACGCUCUCGUCCAGUCUUCACAAUUGGUGUCUGCUCUUCGCAUCGAGAGGCUGAGGAAGGCUGUGGUGCGCUGGGCUGAGCUGGGUAGUGCUGCCGAAUCGAAUAAUCUAAGAGCCGAGCGAUGGAAAGGGAGGCGUCGCGUAGCCACCACCGUGUGCUGAAGAAGGGAGAAUACGUGCCCUCGGCACACGCUUCUCCGUCUGCCUCGCCCGGCGAGCGCCUGCCCCCGGCGCCGCCCGUCACCCCUGUGGCCCCCUCGCGGUCCGCGACAUCGGACGCUGAGGCGGCGAGGGACGAGGAGCUCCUGGAGUCGAUAGAGCUGAUGUCGUCGGCGAUGCAGCGCGUGGAAACUUCGCUUGGGCAAAUGAAGGGGCGCGUGCGUGACGCGUUGGAAGAGGCGAUCGAAGCGCGCGUGGGCCAGGUGCUGGAGGCGAUGGAACGCCGGAUGGAGCGGCGGAUGGAUAUGGCCCUUAGCGCCGCCGAGGAGCGGAUAAUGAGCCGCCUGCGCGCGCACUUCGACCCUCGGCUCAGCUGGAAGAAAGUGAGAAAGACGAAACCUCGUCUCGCCCUGCUAACGACGGCUCUUCUUCGCCAGCCGCCCCCGCCGCCGUGUCCCCACCCGUCCCCGCAAUCGACUUUACCCUGUACCACGCCCUCGUUUCAGACUCUACUUCAAGUUCAUCGUCCUCAUCCUCAUCCUCAUCUUCGUCGUCCUCUUCGUCUUCGUCUUCGUCUUCUUCGUCGUCCUCCUCUUCAUCUUCGUCUUCCUCAUCCUCCUCGUCCUCUCCCGAAGCUGCUCCCUUAAUCGCAAGAAUCGAUGCCCUGAACCUCUCUUCUGAGUUGGACCCACCUUCCGCCUCGGCUCUCACUCCUUCCCCCGAUCCCGUAGCCGCUGUCACUCCUGCUCCCGCGCGAAUCUCAGAGCUCACACACGCCUUCGCCCUCGCUUCAGUCUCCGCCUCAAACUCAGACUCCAGCC